UGUACCUGAAAUUUUGUUGUAAAAAACCACGCAAGUUAAACAAACAAAAGAUCAACAACCGUUCUCGAUCGCCUAUUAUAAAACAAUUUACGCCCGACAUUGCACAAGGCGAAAGAGAAAGUAUUGUUUUGCGGCGGCUUUUAGCGGAACGUUAUAGUCAAUGAGCACAAUUACGAGCUAAACUUUUCGGUUUCGAAGUCGUUUUUUCGUCUGCUGCGCACACAAUAUGCGGUUCUGCGCAAUAACUCUCGGGAUUUUGACGAUUUCGGUUUGGGUGCGCGCAUACGACCCGGAAGAUGCCGAAAUAGCCACGAUUUUGCCCCCAAAAGGCACGUUCGAAGCGUUCUACCCUCGAGGCGAAGAGAUCGGGUCGUCCCGAGCAGCCCAUUCCCACGGAACUUUCUACAAGCAUCGGAACCCGGCUUUGGUCGAUGCCAGGAACGCUGCUGCUUAUGGAUUUCGCUUCGACGGUGGCAGGCGAUUCAACUACGAUUGAAUUUAACCGAAUACUCACGCUUUACUAUUGUAAUUUUAUGUCACGAUUAAA